GUGUGGCACAUUACCCAUUAUGCUUUAGCAUGAACGUAGUUCACGAGAGCCAAGGGCGAGUGUCAUGUGACAGCAGUGAGCAGCGCCUGGGAAGCCAAGGUUCCUCGGGGCGAACGACACAACGGACGAGGCGUCACUCAGGACUGGCGAUCAGCUGAGGAUUGUAGAGGGUCAAGUGACAGCCUUAGCAAGAGAGAUUGAUCAUGGACGGUGUGACGUCCUACCAGAGUGGAGGUGUCCGCAAUGGGGACCUCCACAAGUACUCCCACUCCAUAGGCUCCAAUAUACAGAAGAUCUCACAAAAUGUCAAAUCUAUGCAGCAGUUAGUGAACCAGCUGGGGACAGACCAGGACAAUCAGCAGCUGCGAGCACAGUUGCAUCAAGUUCAACACUACACUGGGGGCUUGGCCAAGGACACAACAGUGGAAUUAAGGACAUUUAAGUCCUUACCAGUACCACCUGGCCAGGACAGUCGAACAUGGCACAUGCAAGCAGAACGGCUUACAAGAGAAUUCUCGCAGGCUUUGAAUGACUUUCAAACUGCACAGCGUCAAGCAGCAUCCAAAGAAAAGGAAGCCCUCAAGAAGGCACGAGCAGACUCAGAUGCUCAUUACUUUGAGGAUGGAAAACAUGGAGCAGCACUUCUGGAUCUUGGUGAGUCUGAGAACAAAGGUCGGUCUCAGCAGUCACAAAUGCAGAUUCAGAUGGAGCAGGAGCAAGAGAUGCAGGCACUGCAGGAGCGAGAGUCACAGAUACGACAGCUGGAGUCGGACAUCAUGGAUGUCAACCAGAUCUUCAAGGACUUAGCAACAAUGGUUCAUGAGCAAGGUGAAGUUGUUGAUUCCAUUGAAGCUAAUGUAGAGUCUGCCCAGGUCCAUGUGUCCCAGGCUUCCACACAGCUCACCCAGGCAAGGCAGUAUCAGAACAAAGCACGUAGAAAGAAGCUGUGUCUCAUUGGCAUUGGUUUAGUGGUACUGACAGUUAUUAUAAUAAUAAUUGUUCUAUCAUCAAGAAAUUAAGGAAAAAUCAAGACAGAAGGUGGUUGUCCUGACACUUAUCUGUCUCUCAAUUGCCUUGGUGAUUGGCCUCAUUGUUUGGGCCAGUGGAAAGUGGUAGUGGUCCCUCAGCUAGCCAGCAGCAAGCCAAGAUGCAGGUUUGGUGGAUUCAACUGUGAACUCUGAAAUAUUGUAUUUAUGUAUUUUUUUUUUUGUUGUUGUUUGUUAUAUCUUUAGAAUAACCGUUACUUGUAAGAAAGUUCCUAUUAUUAUUUUUCCAUUAUUACUUAUGAUAUUUUUUAUUGAAUAGGUGGCAGAUUUGGGCAAAUCGCUGCUACUUGAUAAAUAUUAUAGUAGUAAUAUAUGAUUUAAUAGCCUUAAUUUAGCUGCCUUGAUUUUGAUGUUUAUAGUUAAUAUACAUAGCAAAAAUCUAUGUUAAUAAACAAAUAUACAAACAAAAUUAUUUAGUUUUGUAGUGAAAAGAUUGCCACCAUAGAACCCUUGCCAGAGCAGCACCCAACUGUUGCUUUCAAGUGUAGAUAAUGAAAUAUUUCAUGACAUGGAUUUACACAACCACUAAUUUCAUUUCACUUUCCUUAAUUACAAUUUCUGUUAAUUUAGUAGCCUUGAUACAUUUUUCCUGUUAAUUUGAUUAACCUUGUAUUACUUGUAUAUUUAUCAUGAAAGGAAUUUUUAUAAAAUUAGUGAAGUAAACAGAACAGUAAGAGAAAAUGAGUUGGGACACUGAUGGCAUGAAGGUGAAGUAGUACUUGGCCACAUUUGUGAGGACAUGUGCUCAGAUACUCCUUUUCAUUCAUUUAUUAUAUAAAGCCAUUAUGUCAUACAGUAUGUGUGCAUUUGUUAUACAGAGAUAUUGUAAGUAUUUGUAUGUACUUAUCACUCCACAGCUUUAAGGAUUUAACUCCACAUCAGCAUUGCCAGAGCUCUGUAGCCUUCUCUCAUCACACCUAUUCACUAGAUUCUUCAAUUCAUAGAUAUUAUUUGUAAUAGUAAAACUGCAAGACUAUAUAUGAGAGCAGUGCUUAGGUCGGAUCAGAGCACAGCCUUACUAAGUGAAUAUUGGGAAGAAUUAAAGUAAGUCUUCUGAAUUACUGUCUUUAUGUAGUUGGUGGGUGUGCUGUAGACACCAGUGAUGUUGAAGUGAAAUGAGUAUUCUAAGUAGAACAAAUCAUAAAAUGACAAAGAAAAAAAAUAUUUUGCUCUUUGCAGAUUAGUAUAUUAAAUGUUGAGCUCUGUGAUAGUUAAAUUAUUGAAACAGCAGUGAAAUAUUUAAUUCACUGAAAAACAGUGAUUAGUUGAAAUAUUUGUUUAUUGGAGGUAAUGUCAGGGAAUUGUGUAGUGUAAUUUGACAUGCUUGCACACAUUAUAUGUAGCAUAGCCAAAAUUAUGUGAGUAAAAGGGACUGAGUGAUAUAGAUAUAGCCUGGUCAAGAGACCAAGUCCAAAACUAUAUCAAAGUUUGUUUAUGAAGUGCAUUUUGGGAGGAAUAUGUGGUCAGGUUACUGUGCUAUGUCAAGACUGGAAGUUGAAGAUAAGUAAUAGUGUGUGCUCAAAAUGCAUCAUAUAAAUUGUCAUGAGUUGUAUCAUAUUGUGAUGACAAGGUGAAUUUAAUCUUUUACAGAUUUCUGUUCUUCUAAAACCUAAGAAGAUAAUCUGUAUAUGAUUAUGUUGAUGAAAAUUACAUUCUACAUCCAGAACUCAGGUGGUCAAGUAUUUAUAGCCUGCAUUUUGUUUAUGGCAUGAAUAUUUGAAUUUUAAUUCUCACAAUAUUUUUAUGGUUGGCAUGAUAACUUACAGUGAUUGAAAAUUGUAACAAAAGAUUAUGGCAUGAAAAUUCAUUGAAAAAGAUUCUCAUAAUCUCUUCUGAGUAAAAGCAAAUCCCUCCCAUUUGUUACUGCUAUUCUCAAAAGCAGUGUGUUUGUAGUAAGUCAGGCUUCUGGAACUAAUGCAGUUUAUUUUUUUUAUCAAGAGUAGAAUUUGGGGUUUUGUUAUAUAUAUUUAUUUAUUUAUUUAUGUAUUUUAUGUAUUUAUUAUUAUUAUUAUUAUUAUUAUUAUUAUUAUUAUUAUUAUUAUUAUCAUUAUUAUUAUUAUUAUUAUUAUUAUUAUUACAGGUUGACAAUCACUAAUCCAGCAUCAUUGGGACCUGUAGGGUGACAGAUUAGUGAUUUUUCUGGAUUACAGAGAGGUUAGAUUAGAAUACGGUGUUCCCUCUCGUAUUCACAGUUUGGUACGUGUGGUUUCGCUUUUUUUUUUUUUUUUUUUACCCUAACCUACCUAACUAAUGGGGAGUUUUCAGGGUUGCCAGAUGUCACAACCAGCUCAGUCUUUUGGCCCAAGGAGCCUGGAUUAUUCUUUCAAUUAUCGCAAAUUACAGUGCUUGCUCUCUCUCAGAUGAGAGAGAGAGAGAGAGAGAGAGAGAGAGAGAGUGGAGGAGGCAGGUAGCAACCCCAAAAAUUCAGUAAAUAUUGGUUCAUUAUAUUGAGGAUUUACUGUAUAUAAUAAUAAUAGUUUAGUCUCCUUUCAUUUUACAGUGUACCGUACUCUUUAUUUAUUUAUUUCAUUUAUUUAUUUUUUUUAAUAUUAUGUACUAUAUAUAUAUAACAAUUGCUUCUUAUUAUGUUAAAGUGAAUUUUAAAUGUAUUUAAUAAGUGUGAGACAUAUAAACAUCAGUAUAUCUGGGGUGGUUUUUGUAGGGGUGGUUUCCUAUAUUUGCGGAAUUUUGCUAUUCACAGGAGGCUUUGUAAUGUAACUCCUGGGAAUAGCAAGGGAACACUGUACACUUAACCCAGCAGUUAACCACCUCAUCUUAUCUUCAAAAUACCCUGUAAAUCAGUACUAGUUGAUUAAUAAGUGGGGAUGUACCAAUACCACUUUUUCCUGCCAAUACCGAUACUGAUGCUUUACUUCUGGCCGAUACUGAUAGAAUUGAUAUAGCCAAUGCUGAUAACAAAGAAACUGUGCAAUUUUCUUCUUAUUUCUUUAUGUCAUAAACUGUCAAAGAGCCAGUGUUGUAUAAUUCACAAAAGCUUUGCAGGUGAUAUGAAAGAUAUGUAUGAAACUUGCUGAAAUCAACUCGGGAAUGCAUGCAUGAAAACAUCUUAUCAUUCAACUGUCAAAUCUAUACUAAAAUCAUUAAUGUGUGAGUGUGCUCAAGGCCACUGUCUGCCUUGAGUUGCUUGUCCAGAUAUUAACAGUUCCUCUCUCUCUUAUACAACCGGCUCAAACUAGUUGAAUGGCGUGCAGAAGCUGACAUCAACUGAGAAUGUCAUCUUUUUUGGUGCUGAUUGUAUCUUUUAUGGAUGAUGUACAGUGUUUGUGCUCUAAACAAUGAGAAGCAUUUUCUUAUUUCAGUGGUGUCAUAACAGGAGCUAAAACUGAGCAAGUUUAAUAAUAACAGGAGAAAAACAAAUUGGAAUGGCUUCUCUGUGUUUGAAAGUGAUGCCAGCUGAUUGUGCAGCAAGUACAGUUGCACCAACAAACAGUAGCAGCAGCAGGUUGGUGCAAUGACCUGGGAAUUUUGAAAUUAUGCUUGCCAAAAUUAGUGCCAGAUUGGUGAUGAAACUGGAUUAGUGAUGGUCGACCUGUAUUAUUGUUGUCAUUAUUAUUAUUAUUAUUAUUAUUAUUAUUAUUAUUAUUAUCAUCAUCAUCAUCAUCAUCAUCAUCAUCAUCAUCAUCAUCAUCAUCAUCAUCAUCAUCAUCAUCAUCAUCAUUAUUAUUAUUAUUAUUAUUAUUAUUUAUUUAUUUAUUUAUUUUGUUUAAGCUUUGGCCUCUCUUACCAGGAAAAGGCUCAGUAGAAAAUUAGUAAAAGAUAAGAAUGUGAUAUUACUAUUGAAAGCUAUCUCUCAUUUUAAUGUUGGUAACUAACAAUGUUUUCCAUUUUCCUUCAGAGUUACUUUAUUACAAGCACAGUAUUAUAUGGGUUGGCCAUUGAUACUCCAGCAUCGUUUUAUCCAGAGCCUUGUUUAAUCCAACAUAUUUUCAUCUGCCUACAUUCUUUAUCUUUGAAACGUGCCGUGACCGUUUGAUUAGUUUACUGUGCACAGCCACAGACACUGCUACAAAUUUUUGCUGUUGUGUGCACUGUAAUGAGAAGAUGAUAUCAAAACAUCUUCUAUGUAUUUCAUAUACCUUACAUAUUAUGAUCAUCUGUAUGGAGUUAUAUUAACAGCUUGCUAUUGCUCUUUUGUCUGUGGUAUAUAUAUUAGGAUAGAAAAGAAGCAAGAAAACAAAAGCAGUGAGUGAUAACAGAACACCAAAACAUACUUUAUGUGCAACUGUAAAGUCCUAUCAUUUGAGGGGUGGUUGCAGAGAUUCCAGAAGUACUAAGGUAUUUCAAUACAUAAGGUUUGUGGAGAAAAACAAUUGGCAAACAAGGAAAGAGUAAUGAAAUAUCAGAAAAAUUGCCAGGCUUGUCUCCUGUUUCUUGGUAUUUGUGUUUAAUUUUUAUUUAGUAAAGUAACUCAUUUGAUUUGAAAACAUUGUGGCACACAUGGCAUACUUUUAUUUUUUUUUAGACAUUGGGAGGUGUUAUUAGAAAUGUCAUGGGGUAAACCUUGGUUAAUCUGGGAAGAUGGUUAAUUCAGGAUGGUCAUAGAGCCAAGGAUGCUGAAUAUUGAUGGUCAACUUGUGUUCUGUUGAAUAAUACUCACUGCAUGAAUUUUGAGUGUAGCAUCACAAGAGGAGGAAUAUAAUGGGUAUUUGUUUUUUAUUUAUUGAUUGAUUUAUUUCACCGGCCCCAGAAAUGAAAGAUUAUGUUAUUCCACACCCUUCCCAAAUAAGAAAAUGAUUUAUAUACUUUGUAAGUUUUGGAAACAUUUGAUUCUAACAAGUGAUGCAUUUCUUAGCAACACCUUCUGGUCUUGGCUAUCAAAUUAUAUUAUUUUGGGAGAAAUUUAGUAAAUAUUGUAAUGGUAUUGAUCUUCAUUUAGUCAAAUGAAAAAAUAUGAUGAAGGUAAUUUGUAAAUAAACUUAUGACAUCAUUAUGGCAAAAAUAAGAUGAUCUUAGCAACUGGCACUUUCUACUGCAUUCUCUAGUUGAAAUUAACUUGGCUCAAAAUUUAUAAACCAGUAUAGAAAUAUUUUGGCUUAAAAUGACACAACCUUUUAUUUUUGGAACUUUAUAAGAGAGAGAGAGAGAGAGAGAGAGAGAGAGAGAGAGAAUUGCUGGACAACAUGUGAAACGUAUGUUAUGGUUGUCAAUUAUAUGAUAGGCAGGACUUUUUACUGUUAACUCAGUGUAAGCUUGUCUUCUACAGGAAAACAAGAGAUUAAGGGGACCAUCACAGGAUAGUUUAAAUGUCAGUUAUUUUUGUGGCUUUAGCCUAAAUGUGUUUUUAUACUUGUAUUUAAAAUAUCCCUGCUAAUUUUCAGAUUCAUAAUUUGAUAUAUAAUUACUAAAAACUGUCAUGAAAAAAAAAUAAUAAUUUUUUAGUUAUUCAUUGACUAAUAUUGAUAGAUAAUUUAUCAGAUGUACUUUACAAAUUUUCCAAGACUCAAUUAGACAGUAUUUUCUCUUUCUUCCUUUAUUUGGAAGAAAAUUUAUAGUUUUUGUGAUCAUUCUGAAUAUAUUUUUUAUUUAUACAUUUGUUUUCCUUCAUUAAGACAUCCAGCUAUGUAAAGAACAUGUUUUUAUCCCUCUGUCAACCAAUACACAUAAUGUUAUGUCCCAUUGGAAUCAAUAAAAUAUUAGUGAAGUUAUUAUAGCAAUAAAAACAUUGUUAAAUAAUGCAGGGAGGUGGUUGUGCAUAGCAUUGUGACACCAGGGAGGGGGUCAGAAAAAUAGCCGUAAACUUUUGGUUUUGCAAUUCUUUAAAUAUGUUUCAUUUGAUGGUCAAAGAGAACAUAGAUUCAUUAAUAUUUCAUUCAAUAUUUUGAUAUAUAUUGAUAUUCUUGAAAAGUAUAUAUUCUCUUCAGUAAAAGCUUACUUCUUGCUAUUCACAGUGUAACAAAUAUUUGAUUUUAAUAUUCUGUAUAUGAAUAUGGUUUUGUAAAGAGGACUAAAAAUAAUUCCUUAAAGAAUCACAUACUAUUGAGCUGUAAUAUCUCUUUUUGCCUUGGUUUUAUCUAAUUUUUUGAAAUGCAAGAUUUGUUGUUAGCCACCAUCUUUGUGAUACCAUCAAGAUAUUUUGAGAUGUGAUCCUUUGGCUUGGUUAUUUUUUAUAUUUGUUUCUCCCCUGUUCCUCAGUCAUCAAUAUUAUGUAUUUCUUUCCAAAAUUCUUAAAUACAAGAGUUUCAUAAAACUUUGUAUUUAUUUGAAUAACUGAAAAUAAUGAUAGAACAGAGAUAUAUGUGAAGAUAUGUGCCAUAUUCUUCAGAGUGUAGACGAUGGGCUGUUGGUGCUAGUCAAUCCUGGACAUUGGCACAUGGAAUAGGAUUACCAGUUCCUUUCUCUCAUGUCUUUAAUCUUUCAAGUAAUUUUUUACCAGUACCCAUUUAAAUUUGGGUGAACCUAAGAGCAGGCAGUUGUCCAAGAAAAGCCUAACCAUAAGUGGAGACUCCCUGCAUUCUAGUUAGAUGCAUUAUCACCUGAGCCACCAUGCGCUCAGUAGAAUAUAAACAAUAUUUUGUUGACUGAUAUUUUAAUAUAGCCUUGUAGUAUAUUUGUCAGAUCAUUAAAAAACAUGAAUAAAUCACAAUGGAUAUUGGAGUUCUUCACAUAAAUGUCUCCCUCUUUUUGAGUUUACAUUGUGUUGUCAUUAUUUCCCUGGUUAUAAAGCUUUAAAACAGUCUGAUAAAGUAGAACCUUAAAUUUCAUAAUCAUGUUAAAUAUCUCAAAUUACGCUCAUAUUGUAUUGGCAGUGGUGACCUGAUUUCUUCCAAAAAUGUAUUGUGAUAAACAAACUGUCAAAGAUGUCUCUGCCCAUUGACUGAUAUUGUUGUGACACAAUAUUCACGAUAUUUGGUUGCAGGAAACUUGCAAGUGUUAACCCCUAGGUGACAAUGAUGCAAUAGUGCAAGAGUUGGUGUGCUAAUGCGUGACAUAUACAUUCUCUUCAGUUAACUUAAGAGUAUUUUGUUGUGUGAUGUGUAUAUGAGGCCACAACUAUUCCACCAUAGAUAACAUAAACUCAGAUGUUAACACUUAUCAAGUGUCUGGUAAUACAGCCCUUGUAGCAGAUGACCUUUGAUCUUAGAAGAGUCUACAAACCAGGUAACAGGUCACAUCUCAGAUUUUUUCCAUACACUAGUUAAGGAUUUCUUCAUUAUAAGAAGAGAACUUGUUUCUCUUGUGCAUUUUUUUCUUUUCUUCCUAAAUCAUCAUGGAUAUUAACCCUCUCAUGCAACAGUAAGUUUUAUUAGUUUUCUUUCCAAUACACUUGUUUGCGAGCAUUUAUGGCCUAUCCGCAUACCUUGUAAAACUUUGAUUUAGAAGCAGUUUUCUUUCCUUUGAAACUCAUAAGUAGGCAUGGACUCACAAGAAAAUUAUUUUUAUGAUGAUCUCAUAAAAAAAAUCACAUAAAAAAGUAAUUUCACUUUUUUUUUUUUUUUCCUUCAAAAAGAUACAAAAGAAAAAUAUUCAUAACCUUGUAGCUCAGAACUUCUUCAGCAAGCAUUCUACAUGCUACACAUCACUUAAACUGUCUUUUUAUGAGCUUUACAAUGGUGCUAUUGUCAUUGUGAUAUGUCAAUUAGAUCUCAAGAAAAUAAAGAAAACUUAAUCAACAUUCAUCUUGGAUUAUGUGCAGAUAGCCUGAGUCACGGGCUGGAACUGACAAAAUACCUAAUAGUUGGCCUAUUCUGUGAAUCAUCAGUGUUACCAGUUCAUUAGUUUUGUGAAAGCUAUGAUCAUCUUUGACUUGCCAAAAACUGAUGCACUUAUGCCAGAAACUUUAUUUUUAAUGAAUUUAAGUAAGUGUUUUGAUGCACUUGUGCAUCUGUGUAGCUUCACAUGAAGAUAUUUUGAUGCACAUGUGCAUCUGGUGCAUGAGAGGGUUAAUUGUAGUCACCCAAGAUUUCUUAGCAUAUCAACUGCAAUGGUAAAAAGUGUACCAUUUUGUUGAAAUUAUUCUUUAUAGUCAUUCAAACAAUUGGUUGAAUUCCCAUGUGGUAUUUUCAGAUAUUUAGAGCCAUUCAUAAUUAUAUUUCUUUCCAGAAACUACUAAAUUACUUAAUCAAUAAUAUGAGAAGUUACCCUGUAUCAUCACUGUAACUGAGUGGUUUGCAUUUUUUUAAAUGUAUCAUUGGUCAUAAUGGUCAAAAUUUAUAAGCUCUGAAAGACUUCCAUUGAACAUGCCAUAACUUCAAACUUUGUUUCAUUAGAUUAUUGAAUUGUGUACACUUACCAAAGGAAGCCUCAGUAUUUUUCUUUUUUCUUUCCUUUUUUUUCAGAAAUCUAUUACCAUGUUGGCCUUUAACAACAGUAUCAGUAACUCAAUAGGAAGAUGGCUUCUGUACAUCAAUGUAUAAUUAUUCUCUCUCUCUCUCUCUCUCUCUCUCUCUCUCUCUCUCUCUCUCUCUCUCUCUCUCUCUCUCUCUCUCUCUCUCUCUCUCUCUCUCUCUCUCUCUCUCAUUAAAUCCAGACUUAGUCUCCAUAGAAAAACUGAGCUUAUGUCCCAGUGCUCCCCAAACAUAAUUAAAUGAAAGUGAAAGAUAUUGUUCCAAAUCUGAUAAAAUGCCCAGCAAGCAACAAGAUACAUAAUGUCUCACAGCUUAUAGAUAGCUAAUUUUAUGCAAGAAUUUGGGGAAUUUGGUGGAUGUUAUACACAGGACAAUUAAAAAAAAAAAGGUUGACAAAGUACUUUAGAAAGAGAGGAGUUAGGCAUAGAAAGUGAUACAGAUCUAAGUGCACAGUUGUGCAUGUCAGCUGUAGCUGUAGCCAUAUGCAUUCAGAUUGACACACUUUGGCCUGCAGCACCACAGCAAUGGAGUUGAGAGACUGCAUUAUAUUUUUCCACUUGGCUAAACCAUGGUACUUGUAGUUCUAGCAAAAAGGCAGCCAUAAAGUAGAAGCAUGACCACUUCUGUUUUUGUCUCAUAAUUCUAGGUCAAGUAUCCAAGGAAAUAUGGCAGUAAGAAGAAGACCCAUUCCUUUUCCUUAAGAUACCCUUGUCCUGAUAGUGGUUCUUGCCAACCUGCCCUGUCACUUAGGAGUUAAGAAAAAAUGGAUUUUCAGCUUGCAUCUACUAUUUCAUGAGUUAUUGUUUGUUAUUAUACCAAGAAUUGUAAAAUAUUAACAUAUAUAUAUAUAUAUAUAUAUAUAUAUAUAUAUAUAUAUAUAUAUAUAUAUAUAUAUAUAUAUAUAUAUAUAUAUAUAUAUAUAUAUAUAUAUAUAUAUAUAUAUACACACAUGUACCCAUGUACUUUGACCCUCUCACAAAGCAGUUGGUGAAAAUUUAUCAUCUCUCCAUGGAGGACAUGACUGCUAGCAUGUGUUCAUGUGCAUAUGUGGGACCUUCUCUUGGAUACCCUUGAAUACCCCCUUUGUGGGAGAUGUUGGCCUGUAAUAUAUUUGUAUGUGUAUGCAAGUGCAAAUAUUAUUGUGUGUAUGUGUGUGCUAUUUUUUUCUUUUCUUUCAUACCUAUCAUUUUAGAUGUUUCCAUGUACAGUGAGCUGGUAGGUGUCAGUAUCAGAGUAGAAGUUGUGCCUAGGUCUGUAUAUUACUUUGAAACUAACCUUUAUAUAAUUGGAGAGAGAGAGAGAGAGAGAGAGAGAGAGAGAGAGAGAGAGAGAGAGAGAGAGAGAGAGAGAGAGAGAGAGUGUAAAUUUUGUUUGGGAAAGUGAAUUUCCUGAUAAAUAAAACACGGUAGUUUACUAGUUGUUCUAGCUUUAAUAUGAAGCUAUUUUUAUAGGGCAGUGAUAUGAUUGAGGAGUAUCAUAAACACUGGCAUCUGAAUGAUAAAAAUAAUCUAGAAAGGCUGUCAGUAAGUGUUGUUGAGAUGUGUAGAUUGUUUUCUAUUAUUGUCCAAUUAUAACCACUGACAGAAAAUUGUGUAACUCUUUCUUCCAGUUUAUUGAUAACCUAUUUUAUCACUUGUAUGGCUAGAUUUAAUAGUUUUUUGUUUUUAUUAAGUCAAGCUGGUUCUUCCAGCAGUUUUCUUUGUGAAGGAGUUAUCUUUUAAACAAGUAAUGCCGGGCACCCUUAGUAUUCACAAAUAUUAACUCCUCAUUAACAUGUCCCAUCCCAAAUUAGGACUUGAAAAUGAGAAAGGUUAUGCCAGUGCUGCUGGAAUUAAAUGAUGCAGUUUGACAGAUUGCAAAAAAAUAAAUAAAUAGAUAAAUAAAUAAAUAAAUAAAAGAAAUAACCACCAGAGUUGCAAUUAAGUGCGCAAAACACCCAAGAAGGCAUUCCAAAUCCUAGUACCUCAGUGAAGCCUAAAGCAUGUAGCUUUGCAUUCAUGCUGCAAAGAUUCAUGUUAUUCCCAUUCACAUCUUAUCCAAUACCAUUUUAAGCACUAAAGUGGAUGAUCUUCCCUACUUUCUUAACAUGCUUGUUAGGAUGAAAGCACUGUCAUCCUGCCAUGGUUGACAGGUAUAGAGCUCUCAUAAUUAGUAGAAGCCAGUUUUAGAAAGGUUCAUGUCAUGGAAAAGUGUAGUGCUUGUGAAAAAAAAUAGAGAACUGCAUAAAUGUUACUUGCAGUGAUAUUCUAUAAUCAAAUAGAGGCAGUUUACCAUUUGUGUAGUGACAAAUAAUAUUUAUAUAUAUAUUUUUUUUUUCAUGGAAAAUGCUUCUGUAAAGUCAGCAUUGUAUGUGUCUUAAAAUUAGUAGUAUUCACUUAUUCAUUAAUUUAAGCAUUCCAAAAUUUGAGUCAUUGAUAGUCCCUAUAAUAAUGAUGCCAGUAUACCAUGCUUUAUGUGUUUUGUUUAAUUUAAUUUUUUAUCUGCAUAAACUGGAAUCAUUCAUUAACAGCAUAAUUCAUUAGUGAACAUAAAAAAAAAGUAAUAUUCAAUAAAGCUCCCUACCACCAAAAAACUGUCAGAAAACUAUUAAUUAACUCUAGAGGCAACCAAAUAGUUGUGAAUAUCAAGGAUGCCCUAAAACAGUCAGUUGAGGAACAUGUGAAAUUAUGGCAAUUGAUCUGUCAUCACAUACAAUAGGAAUAUCUCCAUUAUUGUAAGUAAUACUGAUCUAAGUAAAGUUACCCUGCUGUACAUAUGUGGUUGUCAUUUAUGAGACAAGAUAAGUAUAACCUUUCCACAAAAGUGUUCAUGGGUCAUUAAAGAUUAGCUCCUCUAAAAA